CGUGGCUGUCAGCUAUAGAUUGUUGUUCGUUGACGUCUGCUAGCGGAUCAUAAUUAUCAUUUAUUGUAGAUUGCCGAAUACCGAGGGUUAUCAUGUCGAUAUCGGCCAUGAAUACAGCCAACUUCGGCCAGUCCUUCUCUCCUUAUACCAACAACCAAUCUCUACCUCUACAACAUCCAGGUUUCCCCAACCCGGGCCAGCAGGCGCCUAAUUUCGCCCAGAAUGCGUCGCAGCAGCAGCAGCAAUACCAGCAAAUGCCUGGCGGCUUCGCUCCAGGCGUACCGCCCUACUCUCAAUCCAUGUCGCCGUCGGCCGUAAUGUCCAUGACAGCGUCCCCUUCACAUCGUGUCUCACCCUAUGCUGCCUCUGCAGUCGCACAAGGCUCGCCUCAGCAAUCGCCCAUGGCAGCCCCGCAAUCCCGACCAGUCCACUCCCCGUCUGCUGCUGCAUCUCCCGCAAACCUGUCGCAAGAGAAAGAGAGAAUAGCACUGCUACUCGACAUCAAUGUAGAAUUGCUGCAGGAAAUGCACAGAUUACAGGCGCAGGGCAAGGGCGGCGCAACCAGUCAGUCCGCGGCUGCCCACUUGAAGAGUCAAGGCCUGCCGGAUGCCCUUGCGUCAGAUGAGUAUACCCAGGUCUACCUUCGACUUCAUGCAAACUUGGGCUAUGUCUGUGGCCAGACUGACAACCAGUCAAAACCUGGAUCAUCCCCGCAUCCUCCUUCAUAUGUUACCGCACCUCCGAACAUGCCUCAGAUAGAGCAAAAGUAUGCCAAACUGAGGGCUUUGUUUCCCGGAUGGACUGGAAAGGAUGGCCAAAGACGGUCAAUGUCGAAUGGUGCAACAAAUGCACCGACACCCUUCCAAGGCUUUGGCAAUUGAUGAUCCCCGACGACUUGUAUAAUUCUUCACUUCGACCGAGAAGACCACCAUCAGAAUGUUGACAGAGCAGUGGCAGUGGCAGUGUCGAUAUGUUGUAUACCCUCUUGACCGUUUUGUUUGCAGGGCUCUUGUGGCGUCCGGAUGUUGUUUUUAUGGUUAUGGCAGUUUCGAGACAUUCACCUAUAAUGGCAUUUUACACCUUCCACUCA